UAAAGAGUCUGAAGCGCACCCUGGGAGAGUCAGAAGCGUAUCCGGUGUUAAGAGAGCUUUGUGGGCUCCAGAGAGGCGGGUAAGAAGAGCGGAGGCUGUGUCCCGCAGACUCUGACAUCAUGAACAUAUUUGAUCGGAAGAUCAACUUUGAUGCGCUCUUAAAAUUUUCCCAUAUAACUCCUUCAACACAGCAGCACCUGAAGAAGGUCUAUGCCAGUUUUGCGCUCUGUAUGUUUGUGGCAGCUGCGGGGGCCUAUGUCCACGUGGUCACUCAUUUUAUUCAGGCUGGCCUGCUCUCUGCUCUGGGCUCCCUGGGGUUGAUGAUUUGGCUGAUGACAAUACCUCAUAGCCAUGAAACUGAGCAAAAAAGACUGGGACUUCUUGCUGGAUUUGCUUUCCUUACAGGGGUUGGCCUGGGCCCUGCUCUGGAGUUUUGCAUUGCCAUCAAUCCCAGCAUCCUUCCCACUGCCUUCAUGGGCACAGCAAUGAUCUUCACCUGCUUCACCCUGAGUGCACUCUAUGCCAGGCGCCGUAGUUACCUCUUUUUGGGAGGUAUCUUGAUGUCAGCCUUGAGCCUGAUGGUCUUGUCUUCCCUGGGGAAUCUUUUCUUUGGAUCCAUUUGGCUUUUCCAGGCAAACCUGUAUUUGGGGCUGGUGGUCAUGUGUGGCUUUGUCCUUUUUGAUACUCAACUCAUUAUCGAAAAGGCUGAAAAUGGAGAUAAGGAUUAUAUCUGGCACUGCGUUGACCUCUUCUUAGACUUCGUUACUCUCUUCAGAAAACUCAUGUUGAUCCUGGCUAUGAAUGAGAAGGACAAGAAGAAAGAGAAGAAGUGAAAUGACCAUCUAGCCUUUCCCAGUUUGGCUUCCUCUCCCUCCGCCCCUCAUUUUCUCUCUGCACACAUUACAGGUGGAGUGUUCUGUGAUAAUGAAAAGCAUCAGAAAAGCUUUUGUACUUUGUGGUUUUCUCUAUUUUGAAAUUUUUGAUCAAAAAACUGACUAGCAGAAUAUAGUUUGGAGUUUGGCUUCAUAUUCCUGGAGUUCUUCCCCACUCCCUUUUCUGUCAUUCCCAUCCCUAGUUUCUUCCUCCGCUUAGGCAGCAAGUCCACCUGGUGAGGAGUGGGGCCCGCAGAGGGAGACAACUCCAGAAGUCUGCUUUCCCGCUGAGCUGUACCAAGUGGAUCUGAACUGUGUGGUAGAGCCACCUCGGCCCUUCCUUCCUCAGCACUGUUUGGUUGGUGCACAGUUCCUAUGGGACUGGGCAGUGUGUUUUCCUUUGGAAAGAAGUUUGCUGGUCCUCUUGUUACUCGGGCUCAUUAUAUCUGAGCUUCUGUCAACCCCUACAAAGAAAAUGAAGAGCCUCCUCUGGUGGAUGCUUUGCCUCUUCUGAGCUGCCCAAGUCGCUGCUGGUCUGGCAAACACACUUUCUGCCUUGCUAUCACAAAAGGAAUGUGGGUCUGUGUAUGUUCCCUUUUCCAUUCCUUGUCUGACCCUCAGGGAAUCUGUCUGCUUUCCAUCCCUGGGGUUGGAGGAUUCAGCCCAAAGAAAGACUAAUUCUUGUCAGGCACUUAUGAAAAGGCUGAUUAUGUAUGGCAAGGUAGAGCCUAGAAUCCCCAAAUUUCCCCUGGCCUUUAUUUUGGUUUUAAUUAGUUAUCACCUUAGUUACUGAGUGGCCUCUACCAGGUGGCUGUGAUUAAAGAUCCCAGGAGAGGAAGGAUAGGGAAAGGGGAAUGGUUGAGCCCUUGGGGGUAAUUGUAACUAAUCCUGCAGACAAACCUAGAUAAGGACUUGUUUGGGACAAAAUACUGAGUGAGUGGUUCUUUGUUCAGAUCAGCGGAACAGGGUUGAUGACUUGGGAGGCAGCAUUCAUAACAGUCCUUUGGUGCAUUUUUGUUAUCUCUCAUCUGGUAAUCUCCCACCUGAUCUUAGGUAGCAUCAAGCCAGAAAUUUGGGGCAGAGAUAAAUGUUUAUUUUACUACAUGCAUUUUAGUUUUUGGCUGUACACCUGUUCCCGUAAGUCUGCAGUGUUCCUUGCAGGACCCAUGUCACCAAACCUGCAAGACAUCUGAUUCCCUGCAACCUUGUGGUUGCAAGUGGAGGGAGAGCAGUGUGGAUGGGCAUCCCCAGCCCCUUCCCUGUGGGCUGCACAGUCAGCUGGCACAGAUGGGCGGGCCUUGGGAGCAUUUGUGGUUCUCGCUGCUCACAGGCCUUCAGUGUAAGGGACCGAGCGUCGAAAGCUCGUUGCCAGGAGGACACCAUUUUUGGCUGUGCUCGUUCACACCCAGUACACAGUUUGACCCAGUGGGUACUGCAGUGUACAUAUCCCUGAGCCAUCCAAUGAAAAGCUUUGUUCCCAGGCUGUGUGUAUUCCUGGGGUGGCAUGCCACCCAGAGUGGCUUGCUUCCAUGGAGGAUGCCACGUUAUCAUUGAGCUGCUGCCUCCAGCCUCUGGCUUGAGAACUUACUAAAGGGAACUUCCUUUCCAUUUAACCCCAAUAGCAACUCCAUAAAUUUGUUGAUUCUCUGCUAGGUCUGAGUUACAUCUCUUGAAGCCAAACUCCACCUCUUACGCUUUUUUUGCUUGGGAUAAAGGAGUUUUUCUUUAGAAACAGUGCCAAGAAUGACAAGAUAUAAAAAAACUACUUUUAAAGAAAAUGUCUAACAGGUUUUUAAAACAGUAAUCACUGUAAUUAUCACUUUCUUUUCUAGUUCCUUGGUUUUCAGCUCAGGCUGCAUUCUCUAACUCAUACUGUGAAGACAAAGGUGUUUUUGAUCAGAAAUAUAUGAAAUCUACAUAGUCUUAAUUUGUAAAAAAAAAUAAUAAAGAGAAUUCCUUAACCUUU